AAGAGCCAACUUCACUUUGAUAUGCAAUUUUUUGCAUGUCUCAUGUGUUCUGGCGAGAUUUCGCUUCGAAAUCAACAGAGAAAGCUCUAGAAUUUGCUACAAAAUCACAUUCAAGACGAGUUCUAUUCACUAUUUUCAUUUGGUUACUGUGUAUGAAUUGAAAAGCAUCAAACAAACUGUAUUUGAGCGGUGAAAAAGUGAAAGCACUGCACAGAGUUGAUCAAAACAAAACUGAAAACGAUUAGAAAAUUGAUUGAUUUUCGUGAUUAACAAAUAAAAGGAAUCAACAAUAAAAUGGCAAAGUGGGGUGAAGGAGAUCCGCGCUGGAUUGUCGAGGAGCGGCCAGAUGCAACAAACGUUAACAAUUGGCAUUGGACGGAGAAAAAUGCUACGCCGUGGUCAAAAGAGCGGAUCAAAUCUUUAUUCAAAAAUUUCCCCAUCAAGCAUGACAGUAAAGUCAACUGUAGUGUCGUACAAGUUGAUACAGUUGACGGCGAAGCAACGGCUAAUAAUAGAAAAGGCAAGUUGAUCUUUUUCUAUGAAUGGAAUGUAGUGCUGAAUUGGGAGGGUAGCUUGGAUGAAGGUGAACCAACGUACAAGGGCAAGGUUACUAUACCGAAUUUGUCGGAGGAAAAUGAUUUAGAUGAUAUCGACAUCACAAUCAGCAUCGAUGAAUCAAGCGAUGAGUCGGAACGGUUAAAACAAUUCAUGUACAACAUUGGGAGAUCGCAGAUUCGGUCACAAAUAGGCGUUUACUUACGUGAGUUGCGCGAAGAAUUUUCCAAAGGAUUGAUUUUGCCGAAAAAAGACGAUGCAAAAGUGAAGCCGGACGGUGUGUCUAACAUUACAAGUGGUUUCAAUAAAAAGGUUAAUUUGAUGCCAAUCAAUUCGGGUGCUGAUAAAAAGAGUGCCAUUGCAUCGGUUGGCUGCAAACUAGAUGUCAAAAUGAUAACAAUCACGGAAACAUUUCAAUGUCCUGUAAAAGAUCUGUACGAGGUUUUGACAAAGCAGGAACUGGUGUCGGUGUUCACCCAUUCGGAUGCCAAGGUCGAUGCUGUGCGCGGUGGUGAAUUUGUUCUCUUCGGUGGAAACAUUACCGGCAAAUUCGAAGAACUAGUACCAAACGAAAAAAUCGUCAAAACUUGGCGCUACAAACAAUGGCCGAGCGGACAUUACUCUCGAGUCACAAUCGAUUUUGUACAAAAGGAGGAUCAUACGGUUUUGAAUCUUACACAAACUGGCGUUCCUUCCAAUGAAUACGAUAACACCACGAAAAACUGGCGAGGAUAUUAUUUCAACAGCAUAAAACAGGCAUUCGGCUUCGGUAGUUUCCUAAUGUAGUUAAAAACGCUCAUAAACCGCAAACAAGCUGAAUUCUUCGAAAAAAUUCACCAAUAACGAAUUGGAUUAAGCAUAAAUUAUCGAAAAGAUAAGCAUAUUUUUGUCUCAUUUUUACAAUACUGUCAGCCUUAUCUAGAUCAUGUUCAUUGGCGACAAUUUUCUUUUGGUUAAUUUCUUUCAUUGAACGAAUUGUUAAUUGAUUUCAAUCAAAUUGUUUUAAACAUUCUGCAUCAUAUUCUUUCUGCCAUAGAAUCGAAACCAGCCACAAACGAUAUAGUUUACUGCAUUGUAAAAAUGAAUGGGAUAUGAACAAUAAAACACAUUACAAAGAAAA